GCCAGUCUCCGCGGUCCUUCCGCGGCCCAAGCAGCCAGGCAACCAUCUUCCACAAAGCAUUGACGGCCUCGACGACAUUUGCGCGUCCUCGGCAUCAGACAACACCUUGACGUCUAGACGCCCAGUUCACACGAUACCACCGAGUCCGCUUCCUAUCUACAGCCCGCCUUGUCUCGGCGACAGUCCAGCCUCACCCCAAACAAGCAACCAGCAUGGCCUCUCGCGCGGUCGGCAAGACGCUCUUGGUCGCCAAGUUCACUGCCUUCGUCUUCGCCUUCAUUGGCAAGAUCACCGGCCAGGCACUGCUCGCACUCCUCUCCGCUCCUUUCUCCAAAAACGCAGCCCGUGCUCUGUCAGACAUCCCAGAGUCGGAAAUACGCAACAUCGUCGUCGUCGGCGCCUCGUUUGCGGGGUAUCAAGCGGCCAAGUUGAUUGCAACUAGCCUGCCCUCGGGCAGCCCUUUCCGGGUCAUCGUCAUAGAGCCUCACUCGCACUUCCAUUUCACGUGGGUGCUGCCCCGCUGUUGCGUGGUCAGUCACGAGGACAAAGCCUUCAUUCCGUACGGCGGACUGCUCAAGGGCAUUCCCAGCCAAAGACUGCGAUGGGUACAGGACAGAGUCGCCAGCCUUAGCGGGGACACAGUCCUCCUAAAAGAUGCUGGCAUCGAGAUCCCCUAUGAGUUCCUGGUCAUCGCGACGGGCUCGGGAGCUACGGACGGCCUACCUUCUCGCGUGGGCAGUAACGACAGGGCGACUGGUGUCGAGCUGCUCAAGAAGUUCCAAGCGAGGAUCGCACAGUCUGAAAAGAUUGUCGUGGUCGGCGGCGGUGCGGCAGGCGUGGAGCUAGCCACUGAUGCCAAGGAGAAGUACCCAGCCAAGUCGGUCACGCUUGUCCACUCGCGAGAUGCAGUAAUGCACCGCUUCGGGCCAGAGCUGCAGCAAGAAGCGAAGAAAGGCCUGGAGGCUCUGGGCGUCGAGCUCCUACUUGGAGAGCGGGCGACCAAGUCUGAGUCGGAUGAGCAUUCACUCAUCCUAAGCUCGGGUAGGAAGAUCGAGUACGACCUCUUGAUCAACUGCGCCGGACAGAAGCCGUCCUCCGACAUCCUUUUGAACCUCGCACCGGCCUCCAUUGCCACCUCAGGUAAAGUGUCCGUAAAGCCGACGUUGCAGAUCGACGACGACUCGCUCCCAAAUGUGUACGUCUGCGGCGACGUGAGCGACACGGGCAUCAAGAACCCCAAUGCGCGAUUCGCGUACACCCAGGCCGCAGUCGCUGCGAGCAACGUCGUCCUCGCGGCGAAGGGCAAGGCGCCGACAAACAAGUACAAGCCGUUCUGGGGCGAUGGUGUUAUCAAGUUGACGCUCGGAAUUACAAAGUCGGUCAGCUACCUCAGUGACGGCAACGCGGAACUGCUUUUCCGCGGCAAGGAGAAGCACGAGGAGCUCAUGUCCGCCCAGGCUUGGGCGCAGAUGGGCGUGAAACCCUACAAUGACCCAAACCCGGACGGCCCGGCGGUCAAGUGCACACCCGAGCAGGUCGCUGCCCUCGCCGUUGGUUCUUCUUCCGGUGCAAGCGGUAGUAGCCCUGCCGGUGCUAGUGCCGCCAAGCAGGCGUCGUCUUCGGAGGAGUCGACGCGGGGAAUCGUGGCGACGGAGAAGUAGAUCGCAAAGUCGUGGAUCUGCUCCGUCAUCAUCACAGCAGCUCACCCGGCUGCGGAGAGAUAACUAUGACGGGAAAGAUAACCUCGCUUGCCUGGUAACACGGAUGCGCGCAGGGACUGGGGCUGUAGGGAUAGUCCGAUGGCAUACAACAGCGAGAAGACAUUGGAAUUUAACGGGACGUAAUCAUGGACACCCAGCGUGGACAGCCGGCAUAAAUCAUCCCAGUCGAG